CCUCCUCUCAGGGCGACUGAAGCUGCCGCACCCCGAGGAGCAGCAGACGGCAUGCAGCCGUGGCCGGCGCUCCGCGCUCGCGCUCCCGGGCCCGUGCGCUUUUGAGCGAGAUCGCGGCGUUGAACCUCAGUCGGCGGCGAGGCGUCGGCGCGCGCGCAUGCGGACCUUUGCGGGGAAAGUUCGGUUCGACUCAUCACCGCGGAGGAUGCGGAGUGGAGCGGAGCGCACGCGCCGCGCGGGCGCUGAUCUGAUCUGAUGGCUCGCGCCACCAUGCGGCUCCUGCUCCUCCUCCCCGCGGCGCUCCUCUUGUUCUUCUACGCGGGCCGCGCGCUCGGAGGAGCCCGAGAUGGACACGGGCUGUCCGGCGUCGCGCGCUCCAACGCCAGAGACGUGAACGCGAGCUACUCGGAGCCGAGGCGCCACGUGCGCGCGCACCUGGGGUCAGAGCUGGACUUGGAUUGGCGCUCGAGGAGACACAGCAGGAGGAGAAAGCUGGACACCGCUGGACACGGCCACGGCCACGGUCGCUACAUGGAGCUGAGGAACGAGAGGCGCAAGAGAGGAACGAAGGAGCACCACAAGAAGGGGUUAAAGAUCUCCAGGCUGGGGCAGAACCGAGGGGUUCCUCUGGCAGCAGACGCCCGGAACCCGUCUUCUUCUUCACCUUCUUCCGCCCUUCUGGAACCCCUGCCCAAGCCCCUGGCCCUCACCUCCACGGACUUCCCCUUCGACCUGACCAGGCACGUCGAGUUUUACACCCAGCAUGUGGACGACCCCUGGGACGCGACCCCCAUGACCCCACCGUACCCCGAGGACGAGGAGAAGGAGUACUUCCCCAACCCCUUCUACCCCGUCACCAGCGAGACGUACGGCGCCUACGCCAUCACCUGCUUCUCGCUGCUCAUCUUCGUGGUGGGCGUGACGGCCAACGUGGCCAUCAUGUGCGUGGUCUGCCACAACUACUACAUGAGGAGCAUCUCCAACGCCCUCCUGGCCAACCUGGCCGUCUGGGACCUCGCCAUGCUCCUGUUCUGCCUGCCGCUGGUCGUGUUCCACGAGCUGACCAAAACCUGGCUCCUGGGCCAGUUCACCUGUAAGGUUGUCCCUUACAUCGAGGUGGCCUCUCUGGGCGUGACCACCUUCACCCUGUGCGCCCUCUGCAUUGACCGCUUUCGCGCUGCCACCAACGUGCAGAUGUACUACGAGAUGAUCGAGAACUGCACGUCCACGGCGGCCAAGCUGGCCGUGAUCUGGAUCGGGGCGCUGCUCCUGGCGCUGCCCGAGCUCCUGAUCCGGCAGCUGGUGGCGGAGAACGGUGGCGGGUCGGAGGAACCGUCUGAGGAGCAGCGCUGCGUGGUGCGCAUCUCCUCCACGCUGCCAGACACGCUCUACGUCCUGGGUCUGACCUACGAGGGCGCGCGUCUUUGGUGGUGCUUCGGCUGCUACUUCUGCCUGCCCACGCUCUUCACCAUUGGCAGCUCGCUGGCCACGGCGCGUCGCAUCCGGCGGGCAGAGAGGGGCUGCGCCCGCGGCAACAAGAAGCAGAUCCGCCUGGAGAGCCAGAUGAACUGCACGGUGGUGGCGCUGGCCAUCGUCUAUGGUGCCUGCGUGGUGCCCGAGAACGUGUGCAACAUGGCCUCGGCCUACAUGGCCGCCGGAGUGCCCCCCGCCACCAUGGCCCUGUUGCACCUCAUCAGCCAACUGCUGCUCUUCCUCCGGGCCGCCGUCACGCCCGUCCUGCUGCUCUGCCUGUGCCGGCCCUUCGGCCGCGCCUUCUUGGAGUGCUGCUGCUGCUGUUGCGGCGGCGGCGAGUCGUGCGGCCUGGCCGGACGCUCCUCGGCCGCGGCCAGCGACGACAACGAGCAUGAGUGCACCACCGAGCUGGAGCUGUCGCCCUUCAGCACCAUCCGCAGGGAGAUGUCCAACUACACGGCCGCGGGGUCGCACUGCUGAGCGCCGGAGGAAGGAGUACAUUGUGCCAACUGCGUGAAUUCUCCAGACUCUCCGGAUUGCCCACUCCGGCACUGAGUUCAGCUCAUGAAGGCCUUGCUAGCUGGUGAGUUCGAUCGGGAGUGUUUAAUGAGGAGGAACGCUGAACUCUGAGGAGCUGUGUCCUGGAAGGAACUCGGAUUGACGCCUCCGCUCGAGUGGUGUAUAGACAAUAAAAACAAUAGAUCAACCUGUUUGUUGGAUGUUUACAUUUGAAAAAUAGCCAGAGAAUUUCAUUUUGGCCCAAAAGGAGGUGCUGAUUUUACUGAGUAUUAUUCUCACAGGCCGUAAUCGUUUCUAACAACGUCAAACUGCCAGUUUCAAAUCGAAUGCCUGACGCAUCGAUGCCGUUUUACACCCCAAGUUAGUGCAAACGGGCCACACCUCGUACUGUAAGCGGGAACCAAUCCUGAUCCUGGAUAUUUACCUUCCUGCAGGGUUUACGGUUCAGCCCCAACCUAAUUUCAACUGGUCUAUCAGCUGCAUUCUGAUUGGCUGCCUGCACAGAAGUGUAGUCGCACUUCCGUGCAACAUUUCUGUCGUUCGGUCUGGCUGAAUGCCAAUCAGCAAAACCAAACAGCCGCCUGUGAUUGUCAACAAAUAAGCCUUUCAGAGCAACGUGUGCAAAAGUUUCGGUCAAAUGACGUGGUUUUGAAAAAGAUGGUUCUUUAAGGGUACUUAUGAUUCUUUUAGAACCAUGAGAUCUUUGUAGAACCAUCUGAGACUGAACUGGUUCUUUGCGUGUUGAAAUUGUUCUUCAGAUUGAUGGAGAAUGUGUUCUAUAUAGCACCAAAGAGGGUUCUUGUAUUAUUAUAAGUUUGACAUCAUAACAACAUCAGAACCCUCUUUGGUGCUAUGUAGCCAUAGACAACACAAUCAGUCUGAAGAGCCAUUUAACCAGUGGGUUCUAAAUAGACCCGUUCCCUUUACUAAAGAACCCUUCAAGAACCAUAUUCAAAAGUAUAGGUAAAAAGCAACAACACGUCCUCUACAGAGAACACAUUUAAAUGCACAAUUACUGUUUAUUUGCAAAAUUUAAAGCACUGGAAAAAAUAAAAACGUGGGCUAAGAACAUGUUAUGGUUUUGUUUUAUUUAUUUAUUUUAUAACUUGUUUAACUCUGUGAAUAAAUGGAAAUUGUGCAGUAAAGUGUCAGGUUUAGGUUUGUUUUCUGUAGAGAAUCAUUUAAAAAUCAACAUAAUGUGUAGUUUGUCCAGGGUGCAGCAAACUACUGCGUACAGCUGUGUACGUCGGAGAGAUUUGGCCUUCGCUGCGCCGAAACAGGCUGUGAUUGGUUUGAAUGUCGGGCCUCAUCCUGACAAGGUGGGCGGUUCUUGUCCAAAUUAGGUGACGUGUAAUGCUGCAUUCACACGUUUACAUUGAAAGAAAUUCUGAUGCACGACUGACGGCGGCAUGAGACCAUGCAAGCGUUGGUGUGUUCACAGCAUUACUGGUGUAAAUGGCUGGAUAAAGACAGGGGGCGCUCUAAACCCUUUUACUUUAAUGUGUAAUGCUGGGCUCGUCUGGAAUUCAACAAUGAGAUGUUUGGCAUCUGUGGCCCCCAGAAAAGCCUGAUUUGUUUCACUGCUGUCGACGGCAGAAGUUGAGCUCUCGACGUCAUACACUACUUACAGCUGGCGCUGGCAGAAGUUUCUAUUGAAAAUAAUGGAAUAUACGGUUUGCCGUCGUCCAUCUACCAGCAACAUGUGAAUGCAGCAUAAAUCACAGCUGGCGUCUGAGGCCUUUUUCUCUGUGUUUUGGCCUUUUGUCCACACAAACUGCAUUUUAGUCACUGAAAACAAACUCCUUCCAGGAUGAAGAUGUUCAGAAACUCUGUUUUCAGUGUCGUGGUGUCGAAAAUCGCGUUUUUGGCUUGUUAUGUCAAGUUUGUCGUCAGAGUGUGUGCUUUCUUUUUUUACAUGAAGCGAUUUUGUGGAGCCAAAACACUGGUUUAACUGGUUUAAUACCAUUCCUAACAGGACUUGUUACCUGUUUACACAUAAACAUACACUGUAAAAAUACGCAGCUUUUAAACUUGAAAAAGUAAGUAAGCAGGUUAAGUUGAAAUUUUGAGUUCAAAGAACUUGUAAUAUCAAGAUAACGUAAGAAUAAUGUGCUUUUUUUUUUUAUUCUAAUUAAGAACAAUAGUUGUGCUCCAUAAACAGUCAGAAUUAAAUGGAAUAGUUAUGUAGUUUUGCCUGCACACGGUUGAAAAGUCAGACAAGUCUAACAAAAACAUAGAUUUAUAGUUAUUCCGUUAAAUUAAGUCCACAAAUACAGACACAAACUGAGCAAACAGUGGUCCUGAAGCAGCUCUCUCACUCAAACUGCCCUCACCUGUGCAUAUAUGAAUAGAUAUAUUCAGUAUACAGAAAUCAAAUACAUCAAAAACAUCAGAAGCCUUUUAAAUAAUACAUUGUUUAAAAUAAAAAUAAUGCAUUCAUCAAAAACAGUCUUUGUUAUAGAUGAGAUCAAGAGAUUAAGAUCCUCGUUUAUACCAUCAGGAAAUAAAGUGUUUAAGUAUUCUGGUACAUUGGGCUCAUGAAGUUUUACCAGCAUGUAAUAGAGGACAAGGACACAUGAUGAAAGCAACAGCAGAGGUUAGGGAACUGGCCCUGUGACCGGGAGGUUGCUGGUUCGAUUCCCUGCGCCCAGCAGUCUGUGACUGAAGUGCCCUUGAGCAAGACGCCUAACCCCCUACUGCUCAGUGGAUAGGGCUGCCCACCACUCCGGCAAGUGUGCUCACUGCCCCCUAGUGUGUGUUGCAUUGCACAGGUGGGUUAGGUUGCAGAGGUGAUUAAUAAAGGGUAGCUUGAUUAUUAGUUAAUUGAAAUGACUGGAUCUACAAGUUAUGAAUUGUCUAAUAUGUGUUUUCAAAGUUUGAGGGGUGUAAAAUUAACAUUUCACAAACUGGGAACAAGAGCUACGGUUAUGACAAGGAAAAUUGUCUCGGUCAUUGGAGACACAAAAAAGGAGAGGAUUUAUAAAAAGAUCAGAAACUCUGUAAAAAGUAUUUCAAACUAAUCUGGUUUUAUUUUGAAGUUUAAAAGCUGCAUCAUUCCAGAGCGCAGUUAUGCUACAGAGAUCACUGCUUUAUCCAGCACACUCACGACAUGAACCCCGGCGCGUCUUUGGACAUCUAGCUGGUCCAAGAACUUUGAAAAUGAAGUGUUUGUUGCAGAAGAAUCGCGAGACAGUUCCCGCCUGUGAAGGAUGCCUCUGCUGUCGUGGAGUCGAGCUGCUUACGGCAUGUUUUUGUGUCUUUAUGUGGACGGAGAUGUUUUUAAAAGCAGUGCUUGUGUGGACAAAUACCCGCGAACAAAAAAUACCUUAUCAAGUCAAAACAUCUUAAAUUACAUUUCUCAUUACGGUACUGUUGUAAGAAUAUUAUGAUUUAUUUAACAUAUUUUUAGACAUUUCUUACUUGUUUUAAGUAAUUGUGUCUUAUGAAAAUGUGAUUUUGCUUGUUUGAAAUGAGCAAAAUUAUCUUUGUUAUUUCUCAAAACAGGAAAUGAUCUGCCUCUUUCACGACAUACAAUUACUGAAAUCAGAUAAAAAUGUCUAGAAGUCAGUUACAUAAUCUUACAGCAGUCUCAUAAUGAGAAAUAUUAGAUAUAUUAACGACAUUUGAGAUCAUUUCACUUGCUAAGAUGUCAGUUCUUGCAGUGUGAGGUUGGGUUUGGAUGCGAAACCUGCAGGAAGGCCGAUGUCCAGCGGAAGGCUUGAUUGCCGGUCGUACUGUAAAAGCUUGCGCUUUUUAAUCUCACUUCUGUAAAUAUUCUGACCUCACGGCUCGGCGUGUGCUGCUCCGCGGAUGUACAGGAACGCACACCAUCAUGUUUUUGUAUCACCGUCUUUAAUAUCUCGUGUGUCGGAGAUUAGCGACUGUGUUUGAUUUUGCAUACAGAUGUUUCUGCACUGCCACUCCAGCUUCUCCUCUUCUUCACGCUCUCCUCAUACCCGCUGUCCCUCCGAGCGUCUCGCCGCAUCUUAUGCUCCAGUAACGUUUCUCUGAUCUUCUGUAUGACUGUGUGUUGCCGUGUCGUGACCUUUCCGGUGAAGGUGGUUCUUGUAAAUCAGUCUGUGAAGCAGCAGUGUUGGGGACUCACCUGGGGUCAGUCUGUAUGUGUCUGAUAGCAGAACUGUUGAUGCCCACACAGUGAUUAGUGUAGUUAAUGUUUUCUAAACCCCAUUUUUAUAUAACCGAAAACAAAAAGUCUUUAAUAAACAGAAGAGUUUGCUUGGAGAGCAAACCCACAGAUUAAAAUGCAAA